UGCCCACAUGUAGGCCUAUGUGUGUUGAAUGUAUUAAAAUUAAGGCUUUAAAUUGUCAAAUACAAUGAUUUGUUAUUAUUGGUUUUACUCUCAUUACACCAAAAAUUUGUUAAAUUAACAGGUUAAAGUUGUUUUAUCGUUAUUUUGAACUAGAAAGCGAUAAUUUUAUGACUUAUUCGCCUAUACUAUAGAGCCUUAACCUGUUAACUUGCUCCAUUACGUCAUAGAUGAAUACAUUGUUCACAGAAGUAACAGCAGAUUUUUAUCAACAUUUUUUUAAUAAGUUACGGACAUUAUAGGCUUCAGAUUUUUGUCUCAUCGUGUUCUUUGGAUGUGUAAAUAUGGUUAAACUUAAGUGUGCUGCCUUUGGCUGUAAUUCGCGCUCUGGACGUGAUAAAGUGAAUUUUUUUAGCUUUCCAAAAGACACAAAACUUCGAAAAGUUUGGUGCAGUAGGAUUGGCCUAACUAGCUGUGUUAAUAAAUUCAAGGUUUUUUCUCCAAAUAAAAACAGUCGGUUGUGUUCUCUACACUUUGAAGAGAACCAAUUUAGAUACAGUUCAACAUUUCUAGAGUCAAUUGGUUAUAAGGGAAGUUUCAAGAGAAUAUUGAAGACCGAUGCAGUGCCCACCAUCUUUCCUACUACAGUCAACAGACUUUCACAAGAUAAAGAGAGAAGAAGACAUUCUUCGGGACCUCUCGUAAAAAAAGGGAGAAAAAAUCAAAAGAUGUCUUACAAGUCUUCACAAGCUGAUGGAAAAAAUCCUUGUGCAAAAGUGCAAAGAAAAUUUGUAAAUCUAGGUUCAGUGACUGGGAGAUGGAUGAAAAUCAAAUCAAAGAAAUGUUGUAAAUCAGAUGAGGACCUUGCUCGACUUUUGAUCAAAAGCUUACAUCAGCUUGAUCAACAAAUUAGGUAUGGAUUUCAUAUUACCAGAUAUUGGAAGAGAAGAAACAUACCAAAGCAGGAGAGUUAUAGGAUAAUAACACUACAAACUGAUGUAUGGGACCGCUGGAGAGAACUGAAAUGUUCACUUCAAGUUAACUCCAACAGUCAACUUGCAAAUGAGCUGAUGAAUGCAUGGCAUGACAGAGCUGACUACAUACCGAAACUUUAUGAUGCCUCUAAAGCCAGUCAACGGGCUCCUGUGAAUGAGACCCAAGUAAUUCAGGUCGUGAAGAAGGAAGCCUGUAUGGCUGAGGCACCUGUGAAUGAGACCUCAUUGCAUAAGAACCAUGUACAAAGUGCUCCUGUUAAUGAAACUUUUGUAAAUAAGACUUCCAUGAAUAAGUAUCUUGUGGAAGAUGCUUCUGUGAAUAAGGCUCCCGUCACUGAGGCCGUAAUGAGUACAUGUAAGUAUUUUGUGGGAAAUGCCAUGGUGAAUUACUCUUCUGUAAAUAACAUCACAAGCAAUAAUAUCCCUUACAAAGGUGCUUCUUUAAGUGAGGUUCCAGUUAUUAAAAUCUUCAGGAAUACAUGGAAUUAUCCUGUUGAAGAUGGCCCUGCAAAAGAUGCUUCUGUGAAUAACACCUUCAGGAAAAAAUCUUUGUACUUUGUGGAAGAUGCUUCUGUGAAUAAAACUCCUGUGACUGAGGCUUUGAAUAAGUAUCCUGUGGAAGAUGCUUCUUUGAAUAAAGCUCCUGUGACUGAGGCCUUGAAUAAGUAUCCGAUGGAAGAUGCUUCUGUGAAUAAGUCUCUUUGGAACGAGACCUUGAAUAAGUAUCCUAUGGAAGAUACUUCUGUGAAUAAAGCUUCUAGGACUGAGGCUUUGAAUAAGUACCUUAUGGAAGAUGCUUCUGUGAAUAAGGCUUCUGUGACUGAGGCCUUGAAUAAGUUUCCUGAGGAAGAUGCUUCUGUGAAUAUAACUCCUUGGACUGAGGCUUUGAAUAAGUACCUUAUGGAAAAUGCUUCUGUGAAUAAAGCUCCUGUGACUGAGGCCUUGGAUCAGUGUCUUGUGGAUGAUGCUUCUGUGAAUAAAGCUUCUUUAAGUGAGGGUUGUAUGAAUAAAUGUUAUUAUCUUAUGGAAGAUGUCCCUGAUGCUUCUGUGAAUAACAACAUCAGGAAUAAGUAUCUUGUUGAAGAUGUCCUUGUGAAUAAGUCUCUUGCGACUGUGGCCUUCAAGAAUAAAGUCCUUGUUGAACAUGCUUAUGUGAAAAAGGCUCCUGCCCCUGGAAAUGAUGCUCCUGUGGCUGAGGAUUUAGGAAAUAAGAUCCUUGUUGAAGAUGCUUCGAUGAAUGAGAUUCCUGACACUUUAAAUGAGGCAUUAGUGAAGCAAGAAAUAAUGCCAGAUCAGUCAGACAAGAUUAACAG